AUGGCGAUUGGCAGGUGGCAAGAGGAGAAGCAGAAGUGGGGCAUGGCAACCAAGAACCUUCUAAACAGUAGCUUUAAGGACACUAACAGAGCGAGAGCAAGGAGAGAAUCACGAUGGGAGUGGACCGUGGAGGACUCGCACAUUCAGUCUGCUUUUUGUCUCAAUACAGAUGCAUAUAUUGGGACAAUGCAACAAAAAAAUUUCUUCUAG